UAUGGAUAAUUCGUUUCAUAAUGGAACCUUUGAUAAAGAAACAUUAUCUCUCCUUGAAGAUUGGGGUGUCACAAGCUACAAAGUAUGCGACAAGUUCACAAUAUAUGGAAGUAAAUUUGCAAUACUCAAAGAUAUCUUUAUCAGUCUACAAUAUGGUGAAGGAAGGAAUGGAGGAGAGACAAUUGAGGAGACGCUUAAUCAGAGUGAGGAAAGUGAGUAUUGGAUCUUGGAACCUGGGUUUUUCUCGUUCACUGAUAAUCAUUGUAAAGCUAGAUUAGAUAAUGUAGCUUUUGAGCCCGAAGAAAGUCACCUAAAUGUAUGGCUCAGAGGCUUUCCAGGCCCAAGCUAUGAACCUCAGAAAGAAAAUAUCGAAACAUUCUCUAGAACAACACUUGUGGUUCAACGCUUCGAAUACGCAAAUCUUUAUCAUACAAUGACAGAUUGGUACAAUUGUUUUUUGGCCCUGGAAUUCUUCAAUAUUAGUCAGAAAGAUGUAGACAUUUUACUUUUAGACGGUCAUCCAAUUGGUAAUUUGGAUGUAACUUGGAAUAUACUUUUUCCAAACGUGAAGAGAAUUAGUGAGUUACCCAAAGAGUUUACAAAAUUUUUCAAAUCAAGCUUUAAACUGCAAGAUAGGAAAAGAAAUUGCAAGAAAUUUAAAAUCACUUUUAUUUGGAGAAGAGAUUAUCGAGCUCAUCCAAGGAAUCCAUCAGGACAUAUCCAAAGAAAAAUACGUAAUGAAAAGGAACUUAUUAGGGUAUUAACGAAAAGAAAAAGUAAAUUUCAUAUUGCUGGCUUUCAACUAGAUAAAUUUGAUAUGAAAACUCAAAUGAAAAUUAUUAGCGGAACCGAUCUACUAAUGGGAAUGCAUGGAGCUGGUUUAACACAUGCAGUAUCUCUGCCAAGAUUAGGAGGUCUUAUUGAAUUUGUACCCAGUUACUUUGGCUCAACGGCUACACAUUUUGCAGCCAUUGCCAGAUGGAACAAUUUAUAUUACGACACAUGGGCAAACAACAACGAGGCAUUGGAAUAUCCCGGAUUUUAUACUUAUAUACCUGUUGGUGUGGCUUCAUCUAUGAUAAAUAAAGCCUAUAGGAAAAUUUGUCCAAAUUCUGAGAAUUCUCAAUGA